UGCUCUCGUCCUUUUCUCCCGUCUCGCUCCCUACCCCAGUUCCUCCACCAUUCCAUUCCCCAAACCGUGGCCAGGAUCGUCGUCGUCCUUCUCCUCCUCGCCAAGAUGACGGAACCACCAUUUUUGCCACGUGAGAGGCUUUUUAAGCAGCAGCAGUAUUUCCAGAGCUUGAGCAAGCACACUCACCUGAAAGGGCGUUACGAUGCGAUCACCUCCGUCGGCAUCCCCCUUGCGCUUGCUGCAUCGAGCCUAUUCAUGAUUGGCCGUGGUGUCUACAACAUGUCUCACGGAAUUGGGAAAAAGGAGUGACCGUCAGUGGCUUCGCUGCUGGGUCAGUACUUUGACAUGGGAGCGGUUCUUAAUUUGAAAGGAUUUUGCUGUUCGAAGGUUAUGAGCCCGUGACGUCUUUUUUAGUUGCACAAAUAAUGCCAUCAAAGCUCCAUCUGUGGGCACAUUUCUAGUUCUCCUUUCGUUGGUUCUUGUGGGCACCUGGUGUCAGCGAACCGAUACUGAAUUGACAGCAACAAGGUCCAAUUAUCGGCAAUGUUGCUAUGUGUUCUCUUUUAACCUGUGGUAUACU